AUAUGUAUGCAAAUCAGAAAUUCAGAAUUAGGCAGGAAAAGAAAGUUUAGUUUAGGGUUUCACAGUCGUCAUGGACAGAAAACGUAAGAGGGACUAUCUUCAUCAUCCCUACAAUACUCGGAGUCGUCGUAGCAACACUCCUCCUGCUUGUCAUCACUCAUUCCGUGUUCAAACCUCUCAGUCUUCAAUAACAAUAUAGGAGAAGAUCAGAAGAAAGUUCCGUUAACUCUAUACAAUGCUAUCAAGCAAGCAGUUGCAUCAAAGGCGGUUUGGGAGGCCAAGAAGACCAAACUGUCCGAGUCAGAGUCUCUAUUUGCUGAAAGUUUUGUUAAGAAGAUUGCAUCUUGCUACAAGAAAAAGGAUCUUCUGCCAAUCAGCUGAGAGUUUGAUCCUGCUUUGGCGAGCAUCUAUGAGCCCACCAAUGAUUUUCCUUCAAUGCCGCGACCGAACGGGAAACCAACACGGUCCAAAUAUGGUCUAUGCGAUGAUUCUUAUAUUUGCAUCCUUUCCACGGAGCCUCAAGUUGAUGAUGUUCCCUUGAAAGAGUGCGAGAGUCGUAGUUGGCGGGAAUUUAAGGAGUUAGAUGAGGGGAAUUUUUCUGACAUACCAGGCACAGGAUUGACUUUAAAUUUCCCAUUAAGUACUAAACAUCCGUUCGUUGAAGUCAUUGGAAACUUUGCUGUCAAUGGCUUUAACGAGGCCUUUGAGAAGUAUGUAGAGAGGGGAAACCACAGUCGCCUCAGUUCGCCUACUUUUAGAAAGUGCACAUACUCUAAAAGUGGUGAUUUCUAUGAGUUUCAGAUGACCAUAUGGUGCGACGAGGAUGGUUUCCGUGGCAUCUAUGAGGCCGUAGUUGCAUGCACCAUUGAUGAAUGCGAAAAAUCUUUGUGGAGCCUUGUCCUUACCGGUGUAAAACAGGGUAAGGUCAGACGUGCAUCCAAAUCCAAAAGAUCUGAAGAUGUAGGUCUAUGGUUGCCUGACAUUCAAUUUACGGGGAUGUGUCGGAGACAAACCUUCUAUGGAAUUAUUUAUGGCGGUUACGACUACAGAGACCCAAAUUUCAUAAAUUUUUGACAGUGACUUGCUGAUGGUAUGUGGUACCUUGUUUAAGUAACGACAUCAUUUCUUAUCUUUUGGAGUUUUCUGCGGACUUGAUGAUGGUAUCUUUGUGCCUUAUCUAAGUAACUACAUCAUUUCUUAUCUUUUGGGAUUUGAUGCGGUUUACUAGAUUAAUCUUAAUGUAUGAUUUGAUGUAUAGAUGAGCACGUUGAACUGGAUGUUUUGUGCAAAUGAUAAUAUUAUGAAACUUUUGUA